AAGAGGAGAGCGCUAGCAGAAUGAUGGUCCAAAGCAUACUGAGAAGAUGUAUCUGUGUGCAUAUGCAUCUGUACAGGAAAAUAUCGUGAUUCUGCGAAUAGUUUAUUACAAAAUAGUCUGACAUGUUAGAGACUUUUUUUGGUUGUGAUUUAAUUCCUUUAAAUUAGAUUUUAGGCAACUUGUUUCAAACAACGCUGCUACAACAAAUUUCCAAGUGUAAAACUACUGCUAUGGGGAAAAUAGUUUUUAAUAAUGCAUUUAAGAAUUCAUUAUGUUAAUACAGGUACAGUGAAAGAAUCUGGUGAGAAACAUAAGGGAUCUGUUGAAAUUCCUAACCUGUCAGAAGAAAAUGAGGUAGAUGAUACAGAGAUAAAUGUUAGCAAAAAGAAAGGGGAAGGGGAUGUUCUGAAGGAUCUUAUGAGAAUUGAAGGAACCGUGAAGGUCAGAGAAGCACUCAGAGAUUAUCUGAAAGCACUCAAAACAGAGUUUACCUUGGGAAUGAUCCUGCCAACAAAAGCUACUGUUGGUCAGGAACUGGCAGCUGAGAGAAAACUAAGUGGGAACAUCAUGCAAGAUGUGGAUAUUGUUGGUGUAAAAAUUCCAACAGUGAAGAUACUAAUGAAAGAAACGUUCAACUCCCCAGCAGAUGAACUUUAUGGCAUCUUCACAACUAAGGAAUUGGUUCAGAAGUUUUCUAAAUGUUCUGCUGUGAUUGAAGCUGAAAAAGGAGGGAAGCUUCAGAUGUUCGAUGGUUGUGUUAGUGGCGAAUAUGCAGAAUUGGUCCCAAGCCAAAGAAUUGUCUUGAAAUGGAGAUGUAGAAACUGGCCUGAUGAACAUUACGCAACGGUUGCCUUGAAUUUCAAGGAUAUGGCAGCUCAAACGGAACUGCAGUUAGAGUGCAAAGGAGUUCCUGUCUCUAAUGAAGAUAGUACAAGACAAUGUUGGAAGAAACAGUAUUUUGAAGAAAUACAUGUUUUACUGCAACAAUUCAAAGACAAUACUGAAUGACAACAGCACUGUAGUUUUGUUAGGGCAUUACUUUUUAUAAAUUGUUAACAUUUGUUUUUUAAAGAAAUAAUUUAUUUGUGGGAUGAAUAAAGACCCACUUCUACGA